AGACGUCAAAUAAAUGUCAUCUGUCAUUUCAUUUCGGAUUUCGGCACGGAGCCGUCACUUCUGUGUUAGUUUUUUGUCAGUUUUUUCUUUGAAAAAUAACAGUCUUAAUUAUCCAAAAAAAAACCUGAUUUGCUGCUCUCUCAAUAAAUAAUAUACUCUUCAGAAUGAUGGCGGAAUCCGAUGCAACGGUUGAAGCUACAAGAAGAUUAAAUGUAAAAAAGCAAACUUUGGACGAUGCAUAUGCAGCUCCUGCUAAUUUCCUAGAAAUCGAUGUCGUUAAUCCUGUUACUACAAUUGGAGUUGGCAAGAAACGGUUUACAGAUUACGAGGUUAAAAUGAGAACAAAUCUACCAGUGUUUAAAGUCAAAGAAUCAAGUGUAAGACGGCGAUACAGUGAUUUUGAAUGGCUUAGGAAUGAAUUAGAAAGAGAUAGUAAAAUUGUUGUGCCACCUUUACCUGGAAAAGCAUGGAAGCGACAACUACCAUUUAGGGGAGAUGAUGGGAUUUUUGAAGAAGAUUUUAUUGAAGAUAGAAGAAAAGGUCUAGAAGUGUUCAUUAAUAAAAUUGCCGGACAUCCACUGGCUCAAAACGAAAGAUGCCUGCAUAUGUUUCUGCAGGAACCUGAAAUCGACAGAAACUACGUGCCCGGGAAAAUCCGCAAUACAUAAAGUAAUAAAUGCCUAGCUAUAUUAUUCCAUCCUUCUCUUUAAUUCGAUUUUAUAUUAUGUGCAUUAUUUCUCAUAGAUAUUAGGUUCUGAAUAUAUUUGUAUAUUUUUCUAAGUAAGAAUUAGAGUUUGGUGGUUAAAUGUAUAUAAUUUUUUUUUGCUUACCAUUUUUUACGGCACUGUGUUGGAUGCAAUAAUUCAACUCUCAGUUACAGAUAUGUUUUUGUAAUAAAUAUAUCGAGUGAAAAAUGGUGUGUUAGAAAAAUAAAUAAAUUUUUUAUUAAUAAGUCUGUUAAAAACACUACUGUGAACUGACCUUUUUUGGGUAUAAAAAAAAACACUUUGGGAUAUUGAUUAUUCCGUGCUUUAAUUUUUUUGUAUAAAAAAUAGUCUAUAAUUAUUAUUGUAUGUAUAGUUAUUGUCAGUUGUAUUUACUCAAAUAAAUUUAUUUGUAAGAAAUCUGUUUGAUCUACGACCGAGUCAUCCUGACGCCAGCUCUUUUGUCCUUUUAGACUUAUUAUCUCUUGCCAUGUCUUCUUCAAGAG